AUGGCAUCAAAUCAGUCUGACUCUGCUCAGCUUAAAGCAGAGCCUCAAUGCUCGGCAGCGGAACACCUUGAUACCCCUGUUAUUAAUGAUGCACAAUAUUCAAGUGAUGUGGAUCUUAUGUCCCGGAGAAUCUUGAAUGUGUUUUUGACAUAUGCACUGAACAAAUUUGAAUAUGCACCAAGCCAUGUGGACGGUAGUGAAGAAGGCUUCCUCUCCGUGAUAGGCCGAUUCGUCGCCCAAGGUGCCCGAGUACAGGCUUGUCUUCCUGCAUUUCCCUUCAAGUCAGCGAACAAUGUCUACAAAGUCCUUGGGAGCUUGCCAGAUAAAGCAGAGGAGCUGGCGCUUGAAAGACUGAACUUCCUUUGCCAUUCUAUAAAAGAAUUCUAUGCUCCAGGUGCCGAGAUUGUGAUUAUAUCGGACGGCAUCACCUACAAUGACUUGUUAUGCAUUUCAGACAAGGAAACUUGGGAGUAUGGUGAAUCCCUACGAGCCAUGGCCAUAGAGAAGGGAUUUAACAACAUAUUGUUUUCGCGAAUUCGCGACCUCCUUGACAUAUCUCUUCCAGAUAAAAUGACUGAGAUUGUCUAUGUGGCUAACUGCACGAACUUCCGUCGAUUGCUUUUGAAUCAAUAUGGGAAGGUCAAUCUCAACAUUGACGAGGAAAUCGCCAAAAAUGCAGAUACAAAGCUGACAUAUCUUGGCUAUAAACGUUUUCUGGAGUCAGACCUGCAGCACAUCUUCCCUCGAGGAAAGCGUCGCUCCGCUCACAGUUACAAGCGGGACUGCAAAUACCUAGCAAAACAGAUGCUUAUAAGAGGAUAUGCUUUUGCUGGGGCUGUGAAACACGCCUUCCCACACCAUCUGCGACUCUCAAUCCACGAGUCUAUCAGUGGUAACAAGAUACCAAUUAGUCUGCUGAAUACGAAGACAGGCUACACCACCCCAUGGCACUGUUCUGUUGCCCAACUUGCAGACGGGGUAUGGGUGAGUGCCCCGAUGGGCGCAUUCAGCCAGGAUGAUCGAUUGGAAUUGGUUCAUGUCAAUGGAGCCCCUAGUCACUACAAAGAGAAAAUCUCCAAUGGUGGACAUAUUCUUGUCAGCGAGAUGAUGGAAAGCUAUCUUCAGCCCGUCAAAUCCAUCAAUGCCACUGCGUACAUGAACAGUGCGUUCAACGAUGCAUCUUCACUUGCAUGCUCUUCUAGCGAAGGUUCUGUAGCUUCAUCCGAGGGCAAAUUUUCUGACAGCUGUUUCACUACCCCUGAAAUCUUAGCAACAUCAGAAAUCUUGUCUCCUCCGUCUAGUCUAUAA